AUGACACCUUAUAAUUUGAAACGGCGGGGACAUACCGCAACGUUUAUUUAUAAUAAAUUAUAUAUUUUUGGUGGUUCCGAGGAUGGUGACGUUGGAAAAGAUUUUUUUUAUAUCGAUUUUUCUGUCCCAUUUAAUACUCAAAAUUUAAUAGUGAAAGAUUUGUCAAACAUUAAUACUAUUCCAGAACAUACGUUUGUUACAUCCGUAAAAGGUGGUGCAAAUAAUAAUACGUUAUUCUUAUACGGGGGAUUCGGUCCCACUUCUAUGGAUUUGGUUUAUACCUUUGAUCCACAAACCAAUUUAUGGAAUAUUCCAAAGAUAAUUGGUGAUACUUAUCAUAGAAAGUACUCUUUGACCGGAAUUAUAGACGACAAGGGCAAAAUGUAUUUAUGGAGUGGAUUAGAUAUUCGUACGAAUGUUUAUAGUGAUAUGCUUAUUUUAGAUACAGUAAAUCUUGUUUGGGGUAAAGGAAGUUUUGCAUCAAUUAGAAGUAUGAGUUAUGCUGCCACUUUAUUGCCUGAUAAUAAUAUAAUUUAUAUGGAUUUACUAGAUUUACAGGUUUAUAUAUAUGAUACAAUAAAUGAUAAUUGGAAUAUAAAGUCUACUUCAGGAACAAUAUCUUCCUACAGAAACGGUUUUACCGCUGUUCUUGGAUUAGACGGUCAAAGGGUAAUCAUUUAUGGAGGUUAUAGGGAUGUUACUAAACCACCUAAACCUGUAGAUUCGCCACUCUAUGAAUUAGAAUUAAUAAAUUUUGAAUGGCGUAUUCCAAAAACAUCUGGGCAAACUUUGGCAUUCCGUUAUGGUCAUGCAGCAAAUGUAAUUGACAAAUAUAUGGUUAUAUCAUUUGGAGAUGGAUAUAAUCGUUCAAUUGAAAAUGAUAUUUUAUUGCUUGAUAUUAGUAAUGUCACUGAGUAUAUAUGGACGAACGAAUUUAACAGCUUACCACCACCAUCAAAUAAUGAACCGUCAUCAAUUAAUAAAUCACUUAUUAUUGGGGUAAUUGGUGUAAUUAUAGGAACUUGGGUUGGUUUCUUGUCCUUAGUAAUUUUUAUUGAAUACAGACGGUAUAAAAAUAGAAGUAAAGAUGAUGAUAACGAUCAAGUCGAAAAUAAAGUUCAUAAUUACGGACAAGAAAUAGUGCAACCAUUCAAAAAUGAAAAUAUUUUUAAUCAUGGACAAGAAAUAGUAGAACUACCCAAUAAUGACCAUAUUUUUAAUCAUGGACAAGAAAUAGUAGAAUUAACCAAUAAUGAUCAUAUUUUUAAUCAUAGAAAAGAAAUAGUACAACCGCAUAUUCCAGAGCCAGUAAUCAAUAAUAAUUACAAUCAUGAACAGGAAUCAACACAAAUUGCUAAUGAUAAAAAGUUAUCAUUACAAUAUGUACAAAAACUUGAACAAGAGCUUCAAGAUUUGAAACAAAUGAUUUUACAAAAUAAUAAUCAAUCCACUAAAAAUUAA